AUGGCAGGACGGUCGCAUUCUGGAAAACCGUUUCAAACAGCAGCAGAGAGACACUGGGAAUCCGAGUACUUCGGCCGGACAUGGGUCACGGCAGUUAUCAUGCUGGUCAUUGCCAUUUUCUUAUACAAACAGAAGGGACCGUCAAAUCCCGGAACACAACUCCCAGUCAAACCGGAGGGAGAGUCGGAUCCGGGAACACAAUUCCCGGUGAAAGAAGAGGGAAAGUCGGAUCCUGGAACACAAUUCCCGGUGAAAGAAGGAGAGUCGGAUCCGGGAACACAAUUCCCGGUGAAUGAAGAGGGAGAGUCGGAUCCUGGAACACAAUUCCCGGUGAAAGAAGGAGAGUCGGAUCCGGGAACACAAUUCCCGGUGAAAGAAGGAGAGUCGGAUCCGGGAACACAAUUCCCGGUGAAAGCGGAGGGAGAGUCGGAUCCGGGAACACAAUUCCCGGUGAAAGCGGAGGGAGAGUCGGAUCCGGGAACACAAUUCCCGGUGAAAGCGGAGGGAGAGUCGGAUCCGGGAACACAAUUCCCGGUGAAAGAAGAGGGAGAGUCGGAUCCUGGAACACAAUUCCCGGUGAAAGGGGAGGGAGAGUCGGAUCCGGGAACACAAUUCCCGGUGAAAGAAGAGGGAGAGUCGGAUCCUGGAACACAGUUUCAAAUAAAGUCAGAAGGACAUUGGGAAAACCAGUACGUAAUCGUGAUCGUCAUUAUUCUGGCCAUUUUCUUAUACAGACGGUUAAAGCACCGGAACCUGAGGUUCAGAGUGGUAUGUUAUGGACAAGGGGAUGUACACAAAGAUAUUCUGAUGGGCAGUUCCAUGUCUGAAGAGGAUCGUGACAUUCCAUAUGUUCUGUAUGUUUACAAGGUUUCUCGUGAACUCAUGGAUCUCCGCACAGCCCUACGAUUUGUUGAAAAGAAGCAAAUGUUGAAAAGGAAAGACAUAUGUGCUGUGAUUCUAUUGGAGAAGGUGACGAAUGCACAGAAUAAGACGAUCGAUAUUGAUCACCAAGGCAUCUUUGACGGCAAAACUGUGGUUGUGCGAAUUUGCUGGGAAGAAAAGUGGUUCCUUUUUCCCAGGAAAGUUCAGAAGGGGCCUGGAUACUGGAAAGCGAUGGAAAAAGUAAUUCAGAGCAUCAGGGAAUGGUAAUACAAGUUAAGGCCAAGAAUAACAUGGACUACAUAACCACUGCGAAUCUGCUGCACUUCAAUGGCUUAAAAUAGUGUUUCUGUUCAUAAAUUCUGUUCUAUCAUAUAAUAGUUGUUAUUAAUUAGGAGAACCUAAACAGUCUGAAGAAAGACUGACUCUAUAAAGGCAAGCUAACUUUCAAUUCCCAUUAAAUGUGUGUAUAGUUGUUAUGAUACUUACAAGUGAGAUACACACCGAGAACCAGGCUGUUCAGCAUCAGAAUUAUCUCACUAAAGAUAUGUUACAUUCUGUUUAUAUAAUGCAUAUAUUUUUGGUUAUCAAAUAUCAUGGACUUCAAAGAUCCAGGAGAGUUACUUUGGGCCAAAUGCCCUUCAGUACUGUAUCAUUCUACAGUUUGUUUUAAUAUUGAUCUGUUUUGACAAAGAAAUAUUCUCAGCAAAAAAGAAUAAAAGGAAAAGGUACU